ACAAACCCAGAUUAUAAGAAUUAGAAGAGAAGGUUCACAGCCUUGCACCAUCAAACUCGCAAGUCCAAAGAUGGAGCAACCACCAAACUUCUCCAAAGCUAAGCCCAACUCCAGUUCCAGCUCCAGCUCCAGCUCCAGCUCCAACUCGAACAACAGCAGGCCCCCCAAGGCGAAGAAGAUAUCCAUCUCCAUCUUAGUAAUCUCCCUCCCUGUCCUCUAUGUCUCUCUCCUCCACAUCCCCCCCUAUACACUCCUCAAAGACACCACCUUCUGGUUCCUCAUGUCCAACUCCAUCAUCGUCAUCGUCGCCGCCGACUCCGGUUUAUUCUCCUCCUCAAGCGAGACCAGCGAUCUCUACGAGGAGUUCAUCAAACACAGCAGGGCAAGGAGUGCAUGCCUUGUUGCCGAGCCACCACCCAAGACUCGCAUUAUAGAGAGCCCAAAAGAACUAUUGCUUGCUCCGAGCCAGUUGGAUGUGACUGCUGACAAAAACAUAGCCGUGAGAGAGAACUCAGUCCUCCAGUUAGAAAAACCUGCCGAUAGAAGUGUAGAUUUGAAGGAGAAAUCACUUCCACAGCCGGGAACAGAAGGUGAUAAGAGUAUAGUUGUCUAUGAGAAGCCAGUAUGCCACUCGGUGACCGAGAAGAAAGAUCAUCUCAGGUUGCCGCUCCGACGGUCGGCGACAGGGAGGGGAAAUCAUCACAGAUUGGUGGGAAGCGGGCAUUCAAACUUCCCGCUCCAACGGUCGAUUACAGAGAAGAGAAAUCAUCAAUAUUCGGAGGAAAACGAGUACUCGAAAUUGUCGGAUGAGGAGCUUAAUGAGAGGGUGGAGGAGUUCAUCAGGAGAUUCAAUAGGGAGAUCAGGCUUCAGCUGAGCAAUGAGUAGAAUUUGCUUAAUUUUCUGUUGGUAGUGUUAAGUUCACUGUGUAGUGUAUGCUGUUUUUGAGACAUCUCAGUCCUUGUAACAUGUCAGAACAAAAUAAUGUUCAGAUUAGUGGCAAAAAAAUUUUCUUUCCGCUUGAUGAAUUGCCAUCAA